AUGAACGUGGUGGGGGGCUAUCAGGGCCACCCCCAUCCCCACCACCACCCGCACCACGGCGCGCUGCUCCAUCCCCACCACCCGCACCACGAGCCGUUCCUCUUCGGGCCGCCCGCGCCGCCGCCGCCGGCCCCCGGCCGAUGUUUCCCGCCGGCCGAGCGGCCCUUCGCGCAGGGCUGGCUGCUCAGCGCAGCCUCCGACCUCUCCCCCCCGCCGCCGCCUCCUCCAGAGUUGGUGUGCGCGGCAGCUGCGGCAGCGGCUGCAGCGGCCGCCGGGCUGGGCUCGUCGGCUUCGCCCGCCUCGUCGUACGGCGGCAGCCCGUCGGAGUUGGGCGGGCGGCUGAGCGCAGCGCGCCGUCGGGGUGCGUCUUCGUCGUCGGCGCCCGGAGCGCCUCGCAAGGAGCGCCGCCGCACCGAGAGCCUAAACAGCGCCUUCGCCGAGCUCCGCGAGUGCAUCCCCAACGUGCCGGCCGACACGAAGCUCUCCAAGAUCAAGACGCUGCGCCUGGCCACCAGCUACAUCGCCUACCUCAUGGAGGUGCUGGCCAAGGACGGGCCGGCCGCAGAGGGCUUCAAGGCCGAGCUCAAGAAGGCCGAGCCCCGCGAUGCCAAGAGGAAGCGCGAGCAGCCGCAGACCGAGGGCUAUUCUCACGCUUUAGGCCACGGAGAAAAACGGCUUAAGGGCAGGACUGGCUGGCCUCAGCAGGUCUGGGCGCUGGAACUGAAUCAAUGAAUGAAACCAGGAACGGUUUCCAGAGAACCGACGCCACCAAGGUGGCUGGGAGGAGGAGUGCGCGCCCGCCCAGGAUGGGGGACCCUGUUCUCCCUGGUUGGUCUCUGCCCCACCCCUCGUGCACCCCAAAGGAGAGAGAGAGAGAGAGAAAUCGUCCGCGACCCGCUUUUUUUUUGUUUUUUUCCGUCUGCUGAUCCGCCCUCCCCUUUGCAGCCUUGGAGGGGGGAUCCGGCGGCCGCCUCAGUGAGAACGAGGAUAAUGUGCAAUGUGGAGGCUGUAGAAGGGGGAACGGGGGUCGACGGGAGGGUCCCACAUGCCUGAGAACGGAAAACUUCCCCUUCCCAGAAGCCAGUAACUCGCUGGCGUGAAAGCCCGGCGGUGAGGACCUGGACGUCAAAAGAUGGACUGUCUGUGCCGUCGGAAGUCAGGCAGGAAGAAGCCUUGCCGGAAACUCGCGCGGGAUAUCGCGUCGUCUAAUGUCGCUUUUGAAUGUCUCAUGGAACCAGGGUGCCACAGAUGUAGAUGUAUAUAUUAUAUAUAGCUAUAGCACGCGGGAUUUGUGUGCGGACCUGAAAGGGAUAUUGUGUUGCACAAAAGAAGGUGGGAGGCCCGCCAGCCGAUCUUGACUUGAGAGUGACUUCCAUUGCAGCCCUCGGUGGGAUUUGCUGUCAAGCCAUUGCUGAAGGGGGGAGGGGGGAGGAGGAGAAGAGAAGUUGUUAAUCCGAUUUCAUCACAAUUUAAGCUGCAGCCCGAAACAUCCUUGUCAUAGCGAGGAUCCCAUCGAACACGAGGAAAGCUACUUCGAAGUACACCACUCUAUUAACGCCAGGCCACUCUUGGGGCAGCAAAUUUCUUUCUGCAUGCCAGCGUGCGGAUCGGAGCCUUUGCUUCCUUUUCAAAAUCUAUAGGAUUCCCCCGCCAUAGCGCCCUAGCAGGACGGUAGCCAGAAACCUGAGCACAUAAAUGGAUUUGCUCGGGAGUAAAUCCCACAGCUGGGAAUGGGAUUACUUCCUGGCAAGGAUGGAAGGAUGCAGAUAAGAGCUGGAGGAGUUGAAUCCCACCUUUGGACACGAUCCAGCCCACAUUAAGAACCCCUGUUCUUAACUCUAAACUCUUGGCUUGGGCUGGACCCACCCCUCGGAUUUCAGUGGGGCCAGCUAUGCUGUCCUCAAGAGGCUUAUUCCAAAACCGCCACCCCCCUCCCCAUCGGAGUCCAUGAAGCUCCUUCAAUAAACCACCCGUGGGUGUAGCCAAGGGGGGCGGCGGGGGCAGCUGCCCCUCCAUUAAUAAAAAUCAAUAAAAAUACAUAGCAAACUGAGGUUCUU